AUGGAUCUUUGUCCUCUGUACCAGCGAGUGCGUAACAAAGUCAAGUUCCGCGCCACCAAGCAGUCGGCUGUUGCAUCACACUCAGCCACCUUGGCCACGCUGCCUCCUGAGAUUCUGAGCCUGAUCCUCGGCCACCUCUGCAAGCACUGCUCCCGCCCGGCCGAUCUGGAGCUUUCCGGCAUUGACGAUGGCAAGCUGGCGCUGAAGAGCCUGUGCCUCGUGUGCCGCGCGCUGCGGCCACCGGCGCAGGCCUUUCUCGUUCACAGCCUCUGGCUGCGGUUUGGCCUGCGGGGCUACCGGACGGGCAAAGACGACAGCAAUUUUGCCGUCUUGCGCACGCUCAUUGCAUGCCCGGACCUUGCCGCCUCUGUCCGCAAGAUCACUCUCGGAGGCUCGGAGAUGGUCCUACGCCGGGAGCGGCUCGAGGCGGUGCGGGACGCGGAGCGGCAAAGGACGUUCCAGACAGUGGCUACGCUAUCGUACGAGGUAGACGACGUGUCGUUUACUCGACUAACUCGAGACUUGUUUGUAUCUCUCGCGCAUAAUCUCACAGACCUGAGCUUUCCACUAGGGUUCCGGCGCGGCGAGCAAGGAGCGGCAGACCUGGCGGCUGCGGUUCGCCACGCCCGGUACGCCAAGAUGCUCAACAGCGGCGCCAUCAUGCCCGCUUUGCAAACAUUGACGCUUUUUCCUGAGCGAAUUUCAAGUUUUGUCUUGAAUGACCCGCGCAUCUGCCUAUUUCUCUGCGCUGCUCCGAACCUGCGCAGGCUGGUGAUUGACGAGGUGGAAGACUUGGUAGCAUUCACGACCAACUACAGUGACCCAUACACUGGCACAGCUCAACAAAUACAUCCAGGCCUCUUUCUCCACGAGCUGCCCUUUAUGAAACAUCUCCACUCCAUCCACUUGCAGAACUGCAUUGUAGCCGACGACGCACCUGGCAGAAACCUAGCCGGCCUUCAGACCUUGAUCGCCGUCGCGCCGAACCUGCGCCGCUUCCAGUUCAGUGCCGGCCCAAGCUUUCAACACCCCAUGAUUGCGAGUUCCAGGGUUCUCAGCCUGCUGGAGCCACUGUACGACACCCUCCUCGAUCUGGGCCUCCGCUUCGACGCGUCCGUGACCUACCUGGACGACGGGGACCAUACCGACAGCCUGGAGAGCCUCGCGCGGUUCAACAAGCUAUGCGUACUGCGGCUCGACGAGGCAGCGUACUGUCACAGCCGACACCCUGGCCAGCUAAACACGGACAGCAGGAAUCGGAACUCUGGAGAAGAGUCCGUGCCGCCAGAAUGUCUGACGAUGAUCUUGCCGCAGUCGGUGCAGGUCCUGCACCUGGAGCUCAUGUACGGGUGCACAAAACAGUGCGAUGCGCUGCAUCUCGCAGCGCAGGUUGCUGAUGGUCAGUUCCCGAACCUGCUGCACGUCCAGAUUGAGGCCGUUCUGCGGACACCGCCUCACGGGGCCGUGCAGCUACGCAACGUACAGCAAGGGAUCGACGCUGGAUGGCUCGAGGCAGCGGGGUAUGAGUCCGACGUUGUGGCGGCUUUCCUGGAGUCGAAAGUGGCCGUUUGGCUGCGCAAUGUCGGAAGUUUUGACGAUUUGGAUGCCGGAGCAUGUGUCAACGUCUGCUAG